AUGAACCAGCCCAGGCCCCGCUACGUGGUAGACAGAGCUGCGUACUCCCUCUCCCUCUUCGAUGAUGAGUUUGAGAAAAAGGACCGCACCUACCCGGUGGGAGAGAAACUUCGCAACACCUUCAGGUGCUCCUCCACCAAGUUCAAAGCCAUUGUGUUUGGACUGUUGCCUGUGCUCUCCUGGCUUCCCAAGUACAAGAUCAAAGACUACAUCAUCCCCGACAUGCUGGGUGGACUCAGUGGGGGCUGUAUACAGGUGCCACAAGGUAUGGCAUUUGCAUUGCUGGCUAACCUUCCCGCAGUCAAUGGUCUCUACUCCUCCUUUUUCCCCCUCCUGACCUACUUCUUCCUAGGGGGUAUACACCAGAUGGUGCCAGGUACCUUUGCCGUUAUCAGCAUCCUGGUGGGUAACAUCUGUCUGCAGCUGGCCCCGGAGUCAAAAUUCCAAAUCUUCAAUAAUGUCACCAAUGAGAGCUACGUGGACACAGCAGCCAUGGAGGCGGAAAGGCUGCAUGUAUCAGCCACACUUGCCUGCCUAACUGCUGUCAUUCAGAUGGGCUUGGGCCUCAUGCAGUUUGGCUUUGUUGCCAUAUACCUCUCUGAAUCCUUCAUCCGGGGCUUCAUGACAGCUGCUGGCCUGCAGAUCCUGAUCUCUGUGCUCAAGUACAUCUUUGGUCUGACCAUCCCCUCCUACACCGGCCCAGGCUCCAUCGUUUUUACCUUCAUUGACAUUUGCAAAAACCUCCCCCACACCAAUGUCGCCUCGCUCAUCUUCGCCCUGGUCAGCGGUGUCUUCCUGGUGUUGGUGAAGGAACUGAACGCCCGGUACAUGCACAAGAUCCACUUCCCCAUUCCCACGGAGAUGAUAGUGGUGGUAGUGGCAACAGCUAUCUCUGGGAGCUGCAAGAUGCCCAUAAAAUAUCACAUGCAGAUCGUGGGAGAGAUCCAACAUGGGUUUCCCACUCCAGUGGUGCCGGUGGUUUCACAGUGGAAGGACAUGGUGGGCACAGCCUUCUCCCUGGCAAUUGUGGGCUAUGUCAUCAAUCUGGCUAUGGGCCGGACCCUUGCCAACAAGCAUGGCUAUGACGUGGAUUCUAACCAGGAGAUGAUUGCCCUGGGCUGUAGCAACUUCUUCGGCUCCUUUUUCAAGAUCCAUGUCAUUUGCUGUGCUCUCUCUGUCACACUAGCUGUGGAUGGGGCUGGAGGAAAGUCCCAGGUGGCAAGCUUGUGUGUGUCUCUGGUGGUAAUGAUUACCAUGCUGGUCCUGGGAUCCUAUCUGUACCCUCUCCCCAAGGCUGUGCUAGGAGCCCUGAUAGCUGUCAACCUCAAGAAUUCCCUCAAGCAACUCAGCGACCCCUACUACCUAUGGAGGAAGAGCAAGCUAGACUGUUGUGUCUGGGUGGUCAGCUUCCUCUCCUCAUUUUUCCUGAGUCUGCCCUACGGUGUAGCAGUGGGUGUCGCCUUCUCCAUCCUGGUUGUGGUCUUCCAGACCCAGUUUCGAAACGGCUCCACACUGGCCCAGGUCAUGGACACGGACAUCUACGUGAACCCCAAGACCUACAACAGGGUCCAGGAAAUUGAGGGGGUUAAGAUUGUCACUUACUGCUCCCCUCUCUACUUUGCCAACUCAGAGAUCUUCAGGCAAAAAGUCAUUGCCAAGACAGGUAUGGACCCCCAGAAAAUAUUACUCGCCAAGCAGAAAUAUCUUCGGAAGCAGGAGAAAAGGAUGGCGAUGCCCACACAGCAGAGGAAGUCCCUCUUCAUGAAAACCAAGACAGUCUCUCUGCAGGAACUCCAACAGGACUUUGAAAGUGCCCCCUCAACUGACCCCAACAACAACCAAGCUCCUGCGGGUGACACCAACAUAUCCUACAUCACCUUCAGCCCAGACAACUCAGCUGCUGCCCCGUGUGAGCUGCCCACCUCUGCUCAGUCCCCCAGGGAGCCUAGUGACACUUUAGCCAGUGUCCCACCCUUUGUCACCUUCCACACUCUCAUCCUUGACAUGAGUGGGGUCAGCUUUGUGGACUUGAUGGGUGUCAAAGCCCUAGCCAAGCUAAGCUCCACCUAUGGGAAGAUUGGAGUCCAGAUCUUUCUGGUGAACAUCCAUGCCCAAGUGUACAACGACAUCAGCCACGGAGGUGUCUUUGAAGAUGGAUGUGUCCAGCGCAAUCACGUGUUCCCCAGCAUCCAUGAUGCAGUCCUCUUUGCCCAGGCGAAUAUGAGAGGAGCCCCAGCACGCAGUUUCCAAGGGGCUCCAGGAGAUGCUGAGUUCUCCUUGUAUGAUUCCGAAGAGGACGGUCCCAGCUAUUGGGACUUAGAGCAGGAGAUGUUCGGGAGCAUGUUUCAUUCAGAGACCCUGACCGCCCUGUGA